GAGGCGGAGAGUGUAAAGGGAGAGCGAAGGAGAGAGGAGAGAGAGGAGGAGGAGAAGGAGGAGGAGAGAGAGAGAGGAGAGAUAAGAGGGCGACGGGAUGCGAGCCUCGACUGCCAACUCAGCAUCCAGGCGCGGGUGCUACAAAGGUGGAGCACGGAAUUCUGGUUCCGGGAAACGGCCCCCCACGAGCCACAGCAGAGGUCGCCCCCCGUCAUCGGAGCUCAUGCGGACCCCCCACGAGAACGAGAACUGCUCGGGCGCCGUGGGCUCCCCCCCCCUCGCGCCGCCGCUCAGCAACGGCGAGCCAGCCGACGUCGGCGUCACCGCCAGCAGCAACAACAACAACAACAACGCCAACAACAACAACAACAUGUCCCCGGGCAAACAGCUGCACGGCGUCACCGGCCCCGGUGCCACCCCCGAGAACAACGUGGGUGGAGCGGCGGGGGGGCGCGGGGUGGCGCAGCGUCGCCCGGGACCGGCGGUGGACGCUCGCAGGGCGGGCGACAGCCUGGACGACGCUAGCCAGGGCUCGCCCGACAGCACAGAAAGUCUGUUCCGCACCCCGGGGAGCCCCGCGAACAGCUGGACCGCGGAGAACUCCCCCUCGGCGCUGGCGGAGUCCGACCAGGUGCGGGGGUCGCGGGGUCACGCGGGGUGGGAGAACAGCCUGAGACCGCGGCCCGCUCCACGCAGCUCCUUCCAGGCCGGGGGUGCCGUGGGGUUCAGCCCCCCACAGCCCACCCCCAAGACGCUCCGCAAGUCUUUCCGCGGAGUGCCCAAGUCACCGGUUGCCAUGGACAUGGGGGGCUCCCCCCCCGAGCCCCGGAGUCGCCAUGCCCCCCCCGGCCUCUCGCCCCUACCCACAAUGCCGAGCAACCAUGUCGCCACCCCCACAGCGUCACAUGCUAGGGAAGAGCCGGACGAAGGCUCUUCCUCGUCGCUCUCCUCCUCGUCGCUGUCCUCAUCCUCGCUGCUGCCGCUGGCGCCGCCGCCGCCGCUGGGCGUGGGGGACCUGGUGUGGGGGAAGAUCAAGGGCUACAGCUGGUGGCCGGGCUGCACCGUGUCCUGGCUGGAGACGGGCCGUGACCCCGCUCCGAUCGGCUCCAGCUGGAUCCGCUGGUUCGGAGACUGCAAGUUCUCCAUGGUGCAAGGGGACAAGCUGCGACCUCUGAGCGAGUUCAACGACCACUUCCACUUGGCCACCUACAACAAGCGGUCCGCCUACAAGCGGGCCGUCUACGAGGCUCUCAAGAUGGCGAGCCAGCGCGCGGGGAAGAUCCUGGAGCCGCUGUCCCCGGGCCUGGAGCGGGCGCUGAAGCCUCUGCUGGCCUGGGCCACCGGCGGGUUCCAGCCCACGGGCCCACGCGGCCUGCAGCCCACAGAGGAGGAUCGCAAGGCCCCCAAGAGGAUGGCGCCGAGUCAACCGGAGGUCGUCCCCUUGGGCCCGGCGCCCAAGAAGCACAAAGCGGCUCCCCUGCCAGCGCUGCCCUGCGGCUCCAAGGAUGUUCUCAUCGAGCAGAUCCGCAUGAAAGUCCGGAACAUUGAAGACAUGUGCAUGGGCUGUGGCAGUCUGUACGUGGCGGCUCAGCAUCCGCUGUUCGAGGGAGGGCUGUGCCAGACCUGCAAGGACACGUACCUGGAGUGCUCGUACCUCUACGACGACGAUGGCUACCAGUCCUACUGCAGCGCCUGCUGCGCUGGCAAGGAGGUGCUCAUGUGCAGCAAGGUCAACUGCUGCCGCUGCUUCUGCAUGGAGUGCGUGGAGCUGCUGGUGGGGGCCGGGGCGGCGCAGGCGGCGGUGGCCGAGGACCCGUGGACCUGCUACAUGUGCCUGCCGCACGGCACCAACGGGCUGCUGCGGCGCCGCGACGACUGGGCCACGCGCCUCCAGCUCUUCUUCACCAGCGACCGCGACCAGGAGUUCGAGCCCCCGCGUCUCUACCCCCCGAUCCCGGCGUCUCAGCGCAAGCCGAUCCGUGUCCUCUCCUUAUUCGACGGCAUCGCUACAGGGCUUCUGGUGCUCAAGGAGCUGGGCCUCAAGGUGGAGCGCUACGUGGCCUCCGAGGUGUGCGAGGACUCCGUGACGGUGGGGCAGGUGCGUCACGAGGGCAAGAUCACCUACGUGGGAGACGUGCGCAACAUCACCCCGCGCAACAUUGUCGAAUGGGGGCCGUUUGACCUGGUGAUCGGAGGAAGUCCCUGCAACGACCUGUCCAUUGUGAACCCCGCCAGGAAGGGUCUCUACGAGGGCACGGGCCGCUUGUUUUUCGAGUACUACCGCCUGCUGCACGAGGCACGGCCCUCGACCACGGACGAGCGGCCAUUCUUCUGGCUCUUCGAGAACGUGGUGGCCAUGGGCGUCAGCGACAAGCGCGACAUCUCCCGCUUCCUCAACUGCAGCCCCACGAUGAUCGACGCCAAGGAGGUUUCGCCAGCUCACCGCGCGCGCUACUUCUGGGGCAACCUGCCCGGCAUGAACAGACCGCUCUUCCCGUACACGACUGACAAGCUGGAGCUGCAGGAUUGCCUGGAGCACGGCCGCAUGGCCAAGUUCAGCAAAGUGCGCACCAUCACCACGCGCUCCAACUCCAUCAAGCAGGGCAAGGACCAGCACUUCCCCGUGAUGAUGAACGGCAAGGACGACAUCCUGUGGUGCACCGAGAUGGAGAGGAUCUUCGGUUUCCCCGUGCACUACACCGACGUGUCCAACAUGAGCCGCCUGGGUCGCCAGCGCCUGCUGGGCCGCUCCUGGAGCGUCCCCGUCAUCCGCCACCUCUUCGCUCCACUCAAGGAUUACUUCGCCUGUACUUAGAGGGGCGGGGGGUGGAGGGGAGGGUGUGGAGGGGGAACGGGGGGGAGGGGCCGGCGGAGAGCGGCGGUGGUGGCGACGACACACGGUGGGGGUUUGGUCGCGCGUGGUGCUAGCCGCCCACCCGCCUCGUGUGCCGUGCCGGCCUUCGUAGGUGCUGCUCGCUAACAGAGCUUGCCCCAACAGUCUGUGAAGGCUACAGAGGGGAUCUUUGUCUUUGUGGGUUGUGGGGGGGGGGGGGGGGCGGCAGUCACGUCACGUGACCACUUAACCGCACCGCUUCACUUCUUAAACCGGGAGGUACGGCCUGUGUCGGCCCCUCCUCGACCCACCCCUUACCCCCCCUUCCCCCCCAUUCCCAGCACCACCACAGCCACCAGUCAAACUCAGGUGCUCCAAACUUUAGCGUCGGCGCUGGCUCGACCAAUCGCGGCGGUCGGUCGUCGCGAAGCAUGCGGAGACGGCGUGGCGACGAGCCUCGUUUGACCCCUGACCUUGAUCCCGCUACCCUCAUCGUCGUCGCGUUCGCCCGCCCUCGGUGUCCAUCUCGGGACAGCGGCGGUGGCGGCGGUGGCGGUGGUGGUGGCGGUGGUGGCGGCGGUGGUGGCGGUGGUGGCGGUGGUGGUGUGGUUUUUAUCGUUCUUGUUUAAUCCCCGCCCCUUGCUGCGUGUUGGCCCCGAGGGGUGGGACUGUGGGACGGGGGUGGGGGGGGAUGGUGGAUUGAGGAUGUGUGUACGUAUGUGUGUGUACGUAUGUGUGUGUACGUAUGUGUGUGUACGUAUGUGUGUGUACGUAUGUGUGUGUACGUAUGUGUGUGUACGUAUGUGUGUGUACGUAUGUGUGUGUACGUAUGUGUGUGUACGUAUGUGUGUGUACGUACGUUUGUUGAACUUCUUUCUCACCGUACGUAGCCAACUCUGCUAAUCGGAGGUGCGGUGAGGGGUGAAGGACAACAAGCUACACACAACAAGCAGUUCAAGCGAGAUGAGUGGCGGAUGAGCCUCACUCACUCACACGCUCGCUCGCCCGUCCCGCCUGUCCACCGGUCCGGCAGUCAGGACCUUCUCUCGCCCGUCCGUCCGUCCCUCUGUCCGGACAUCCGUCCGUGCGCUCGUCUGGCCGCGCGUGUGGCUGGUGAGAUUUCGGGUUUGUCCGCGUCGGAGUCUCUAAAACAUAUUUCCGUGCCCGGCACACCACGUCGGGUAUCCCUCCGGCCGUGGCUACCUCCCCCGUCGCGUGCGAUCGGUCGAUGACCCAUCGCACACCCCCUGUCCACGCGACUUCCCCUCUGCGGUGGACACAUCGAGGCGAUGCUCCCACGGUGAAAAGCGAUUGCACAGUUUUAUGUCUGUCUCUGUGUCUGUCUCCGUGCUUGUGCCUGUGUCCGUGGCUGUGUGUUUAUAAACGUGCGUUUAUAAAUGUCCACGUGGUGACCAGCCACUUCCUUGAGCUGUCAUUUGUGGCCAGGUCGCUUCUGGAAAAUAGCUUCAUAGCUUAGUGGACCUUACCUGGUCAAAUACAAUUGUUUUAGUUUAGUUUAGUCUGUCUAUCUCUGUGUGUUUCUGCUUUUGAUGGGCUGUAUUUUUCUCAAUGUCUGUCUGUGUGUGUGUACAUGUAUGUGUCUUUGUACAUGUAUGUGUACAUCUCACAUUUGUGCGUUUCCCAAUGCACAUAUUUUGUAUGUGUACGCUAGUGUUGUGAUGUUUGUGUGUCGGUCUUAAUGCGUCUGCGUGUAUAUCUGGUCUCCUGUUCUAUGUCACUAAUGUUCACUUAUGUUUGCACAUCUGUGCAUGUCUUUAUCUCUGUCUUCAUAUCUUCCUGUGUAGAUACGUUCGUGUGUGUCUCACUGUGUCCCUGUCUCAUUGUGUCUCUCGUUAUCAGGACUUGUAUCUCCGUGUGUGCCCCUACGUCUCACUGUGUCGCUGCGUUCUAUUUGUGUGUCUGUCUCGGUGUGUCUGUCUCGGUGUGUCUGUCUCGGUGUGUCUGUCUCGGUGUGUCUGUCUCGGUGUGUCUGUCUCGGUGUGUCUGUCUCGGUGUGUCUGUCUCGGUGUGUCUGUCUCGGUGUGUCUGUCUCGGUGUGUCUGUCUCGGUGUGUCUGUCCGUGUUCCCGGUCCGUCCGUGUCUAUGACACCCAGCUGCCUUAAACGUGGGCAAAAAACUCCCGUUCACGUUUCCUAAACCGUCGAAGUUUCAAUUUUAGUCGUCGGUUUGAGUUUAAAUCUUUGGGUUUCCCGGCCACGUCCUGCCCCGUGAUAUUGCCAGUCUCAUCCGAGCAUCGCGACGGUGCAGAUGGUCUCGUUGCAAAUUAAGAAGAAAUAAAAUACCGACGAUAAAUAUCGUCAUUAACAAAACAAUAACGUCUUAGUUUAAUUCAUCUUCUCUUCCCCCACCGGAAGAGAAAGAUGGAAAUCGUCAACGCAAGAAGUGACGAUUGCAGCGAGACUUCACACCGUUGUUUUAUUUUUACUUAAAUGUCUAAUUGGCUACAUCGGUAGAGCUGGACGUGUAUUACACCGUGUAGGCGGCGUUUGUGCACUUAUCCACAGUUCUGUGGCCGGGGCACAGGAUGGCAUGAAUUUUAAACCCUCACCUCUUUCCCCGUCCCCCGUCUUUCGACAACUCAUCAGCAGCACGCCGCCAGUAAUCGACAGCCCGCUCUGACUCCGCUGCUGGAUGAAGGCCUCCCCCCACCUCCGCGGUACUGCCCUUCGUCGCGGGGGGGGGGGGGGGGGGGGUCAGCAGGUUCACCACGGGGCACGGGCGGUGGACGGGACUCCCUGUGUGGGGUGGGGUAAAGUGUGGGGACUUCCACCACCUCAUCAGCGUGGAGAGAGAGAGAAGGCCGCCACACACCGAUAGAGCACCCUUCUCUCUCUCUCUCUCUCUCGUGGAGGAGGAGGAGGCCUUCCCCUGCUCCACUUGCAGCGGUAUAAUGAUCAGGACAAUUGCAGGCCUGCCCCUUUACCUUAGAGCAGAGGGGUCAACAACUGAAAAGCGUAACGGUAAAAAAAUUGUCCGAUUCUCGGCUGCGAUUUUAAAACUCGCGUGAGCGUUUGUGUGCGGCUUUACGAUCGGUGUGCGGUGUGUUUUUAGACCCCCCCCCCCCUCUACAAUUAUUAUUUUAAAAUAAUUUUAUAGAUUCCCUUGAUUCUUCAGACCCCCCCCCCCGCUCGCAUCGCGAUUGCGUAACCCGAUUAUAAUCACCAGCAUCACUCGCGCGCAGGCGCACACACACAGACCGACGUCUACCUCAAUACAACGAUAACUCAGUCACUCUUACACGUACGACGCCAUCAACGCCAUCGUCAUCACCAUCGCCAUCGUCAUUAUCCUCGCCAUUGUCACCAUCGUCACCACCGUACCCAUCGUCACCACCACCACCAUCAUCAUCGUCACCACCGUCCCCAUCGUCAUCACUGUCACCACCAUCACCACCAUCGUCACCUGUGAACCUAUCUCACCCGUACCUGGUGCUCUCCGCACAGCGCGAGGGGUCCCUCCCCGUGCGGUAUUGCGCGGCGCGGAACGAAAACUGAAAAAAGUGAAACGGGGAGUUGACAAGUCCACGUGACCUUUUGUGCGGUCGGGGGGGGGGGGGGGGGUUGGGAGCACGCGGAGAGAGGGGGACAGAGGGGUGGAGGGGGGAGUGUUGCAGUGUGCAGCAUGCAAGCAGCCUGGAGAGAAACUGGCCCCACGCCUGACCACAGUGGCCAAUGGCAGGCCAAGUCCCACUCUUACCCCAAACCAAACACCCCGCCGAUCUCGUAACCCAAUGGUAACUCAUGUUACGGAUGUUGAACUUCUUUCGCACCGUCCGUAGCCAACCGCUCUAGCCGUACCGCUAACCCGACCGCAAAAUGAGCCAACCAGACACUGGCCACUAACCAUAGCCCCGAGCCGGAUUGGCCAAUCAGACCAUAGCGUUCGCCCAAACCCCCCUCGACAUUCUUCUUGGUUCUUUCGGUAAAGUCACGUAGAAGGUGAAGAACAGGUCUGUCGACAGACCUGUUCUUCAACUGAGGACGGCUGCUUGCAUUGUGGCCGAAACGUCUUGAGAAUUAUUUUAUGAUGUUUUAUUUUUAUUAUUUUAUUAUUUCCCUUCUACGCGACUUUACCAAAAGAAUCCCUGCAGUCACGAAAGCUUUAAAUCGAAAUUUUCCCCCUCGACCUGUUUGCAAAAAAAGCUGCAACCCCAUCUGGGACUUCGUCCAUUCCCCUUUUUUCAGUUUCUGUUCCGCUUUUCACUUUUGGGUGCUCAGCGCCACGCGCCGUGGCGGCGUUGCCGGUGCCGAGAUUUGUGCCCCCCCCCCCGUGCGCGCGCGACACCCAGGGCAACGUCGCCGGCAACUGUUGCCUAGCCGGUAAUCGUCACCAGCAGUGGCUAUACGCGAAUCAUUCUGUUGUUGUUGUUGUUGCUGUGUCCGUUGUGUAAACAAAAUCAAAACGGUGAAUUCGAGUUUCCCAAACGUGGACGGUUCCCAGUGCUGCCCCCGCACAGGCGGAGGUCACGUGACCACGGUGAUGUCACGUGACCACGGUGAUGUCACUUGGGGGGGGGGGGUGCAAUAGUUAAUAGUUGACGAUCCAGACCGUGACCUGAACAAAACCCACACCUGCCUCCCUCCCUCCCUCAACUCGGGGGAGACACCCCGGGACACACAGCCCGUGUGGGGUAGCUGCCCCACCACCCCGCCUUUCUAGGACCAGGUGUGGGCAGGGAUGGGUGAGGGUUCCUGGUGAGUAGGGCAGGGAUGGGUGAGAGGGUUCCUGGUGAGUAGGGCAGGGAUGGGUGAGAGGGUUCCUGCCUGGUGAGUAGGGCAGGGAUGGGUGAGGGUUCCCGUCAGUAGGGCAGGGAUGAGUGAGUGCCCCGGGAGAGCCACGUGUCUCCGUCAUGGUGGGGAGGGGGGGAUGAUUAGAAUCAGGAAAGUGUCGCCCGGCUCACGGAAGGGUCCCGCUACUGUUUGUCCACGUCCGUGUAGAAUGGGCGCUUGGUUCGUGGGAGCGGUCAAGCGGAGAGAGCCCCCCACUUACAGUACCAGGGUGGCUAGCACUGGCUGCUAGGUCCAUACAGGCGGGUCUGUGUUAAUAGCCGACCCGCUUGCUGUACUGCCAGCUCGUGGCCAGUCGCACGCAAGGAGCGAGUUGAGUCGCGCGUUGAUGAUGUGGCCAACGACACCACGUGCUCACGGCGUACCGAGUGACGUCACAAACAAACGCGUCAUCAGCCCCUCCCCACCCACCCACCCUAUCCCCGUGGCCUCGCGUGUGUCGUGAGGCGAGCGUAUAGGUAAGCACGGUUUGGUUCCGGCUCGGCUAAUAGAAAAAAAAAACACACCCGUACCGUGAUGGCCCCGUGCUGGCUCGGCUCGGACGUGCCAGUGGGAGAAAACAAAUGGGAACUUUACAGGGCCACUUGCGGCUGUCGUCGUGAUCAUCGUCAUCAUCAGCAGCUGUAGCCUCGUCAGGGUGGGGGCCACGUGUCGACCCCGCGGGAACCAGGACCAGGCCCGUGGCGUCUCGGACAUUCUCAACCAAACGCCACUCAGACUAUUGCCAAAGGACAUUGUUAUUACUGCUACUCGACUCUUACUACUAUUACGCAUUUUAAAACAAUAAUAAAGUAGGCUUAAGGUUUUUAACGGAGGAAAACUAAAAAAAAGACAAAAAAACCAUUCUUGUUAUUGGUGCUAUAUUUUUGGGGUGUUUUGUGAAAUAAUGACGUUAGAGCAGAUUUUGGAUUUUAAAGUGAAAUGUGUU